AUGGCCGACGACAAAAGCAAUGGACUCAUCGUCCCAAUCGAUUUCAAUAAUUUCAACUCCGGUAGACGCGAAUCGAAGAUCGACAAGUACGCCAAGCGCAGCUCACAGAUGUUCAUCCCAUUCAGCGUCGUGGACUUUCGGCAUUCGCAGGCGCUUGCGCCAGCACCAUCUCCCUAUCUGAUGCAGACUUUGCAAGGGGAUGAGCGCAGGCUCGCCAGGAUCGACUCGAUUGAUACGAUCACGGCUGAGAAGCAGGAGAUGGCCGCCGUCCACGAAGAGGAAGUGCUUGGCAGUACCGAAAUCUACGACAAGGACGGCAACAUUCGGCUCGUGCCUACUCCUACUCCUGACCCUAAAGAUCCUCUCAAUCUGCCUGAAUGGCGCAAGUGGCUGGCUGUAGCUUCCUUAUGCUUCUUUGGCUCCGUCUCGCUCGCUGCUGAAAUUGCCGUCGCCGGGCUCCUGCCCGUGUUCAUUCUCGAAUAUUCUGGAGUCGAUCCCGCUUCUACUCUCAAGCACGCCGACCUCAAGGGAAACCCGAACCCCCUCGCCAUCGUUCCACCCGGUGUGACUCCAGUGUCUCUGACGUCCGUAUCUCUCUUGGCGACAAUUCCCAUGCUCAGCAACGGCGUUGCAACAUAUCUCCUGGUUCCCCUAACAGCCGCUAUUGGAAGACGUCCUGUUCUCAUCCUCACAUCUGCGUUCUCAUGGGGUGGGGGUUUCUGGGCCGGAUACAGCAAGUCACUCACCAGCCACAUUGCCGCCAGAGUCUUCCAUGGCCUGGGAUCGGGUGCCGUUGAAGCCUUACUUCCUUUGAUUGUCCAAGACAUGAUGUUUUUGCAUAAGAGAAACAAAGCUGUGGCAUCCAUCAUUGCUAGUCAGGGACCCAUGAUCGUUCUCUUCGGCAUCCUCGGCCCGUAUAUUGCAGUCAAUUGGGACUGGCGCUGGAUCUACUGGAUCACGUCCGCCGUUGGCGUCUUGACCUGGAUUAUGCUGAUCUUGUUUGUUCCCGAGACCUUGAGGCAGAGAUCCAAAGCAGAGCUUGCCGGACACCAGCUUUGGCCCAUAGGCCCUGGCGAGAACCGCACUCAGCUGGAUUAUGCCACGUUCGGCGAGCGUACACGAUGGGACGAUCUUGGUUUCCUUCAGAGUGGAACUCAUUGGAAAGAUGCCGGCCUUCAAAUCAUAGCCACUUUGAAGACCAUGAUGUUCCCCGCUGUGAUGUGGUGCACCUUAUUGCAGGUUGCCUUUGGAAUGGUCAUGAGUGCAACAGGACAGGCGACCUCAUUCGCUCUACUAGCUGCUGGAAUUCCGUUCGAACUCACCGGUCUCUCCCAAAUCCCACAGAUUCUAUCAACUCUGGUCGUCUUUGUCGUGGGCGGCCCAGUCGCCGAUGCCGUGUCCCUCUGGAUCUCGAAGAGAAGGGGUGGCCGUGAGGCCGAGCAUCAACUCCCUAAUCUCAUCCUGCCCAUAAUCUUCGCCAUCACCGGCGCCCUCGUCUUUGGCUAUGCCGACCAGAACCACCUUCACUACGCUGUCUUGCUGCUUGGAACCUUCCUACUCAUGACAUCUACCUUGAUCACAGCGCCAAUCGUGCAGAAUUUCGUCAUUGAGAGUUACCCCCAGUGGGCCGGCCCUGUUCUCGUCAACGUCUCGACUCUGCGUGUAUUCAUUUCGUUCCCCCUCAACACGCAGGUCACGACUUGGCUUCAACAACUCGGUCCUAUGAAGUUCACAGUGUACUUGUCCAUCAUGCUCUUGGCUGUAUCUACUGGCAUUCCCCUUCUUUUCAUUUUCGGCAAGAAAUUGCGUAUGAAGACAUCCGACAAAGUCGCAAAGGGGCUCUAG